GGUAUUUGUAGUGUUAGAAACAAUCAAAAAAAAAGUUCAUGUGAAUUCAUCGACAAGAGCUGAGUAAUUAAAAACAGCGUGAAUACAGUAACGAUUUAAAGUUUUGAACAAAAUGACAGAUUAAAAUAAAUUAUUACUUUUAUAUUUAUUUAUUAUUUCACUAAAUUUUAAUAUUUAUUAAUAUAAUAAUGAAAAAAUGCAAACAAAUACGCGAACUUGCACGCGAUAUUUCAACAGGCCGGUGAUUAUUGUUCCUUCUGAUAAUAUUCGGUUGUGUAAAAAACCAUUAAAUGGUACAACAACCACUGGAAGUUCUUAUAUUUAUCAUGGAGGUUACAGACCAGUUUGUAAUUUUAAACCAAAAUCAAAUUACGUACGUAGUGAAGCUGUAUCGGCUAGUGAUACCACACAUAAGCUGAGUUACCAGCCAUUCCCGAUAGAGAGACGAGAAAAAUUACCUUGGGCUCAGAAAAAAGUUUACAGACCGCCGGAAACAGGUUUAGAAACAUUUACUACUUACUCGCAGAGUUAUAUUCCGAUUGAUGGAGUACACAAAGAAAAGCCGAUUAAGCCUCUUCAGAAUUCAGAAUGGCUUGGGAGAAAAUAUAAUUUCAAUGGCACGAGUUCUUACAACGAAGCUUUUAUUCCGUUACCAAUUGAACACGUAGUGCCCCAGAUUCCGAGCGGGAAUAUUGUUUUAUCGAAUGAUCUUAUGGAGUCUGAAACGACGAGUAAAUUGAGCUAUCAAAAAUUCAAUGUCCAAAAAAGGCUGCCGAUAAAACCUCGGGCUAAAAAUACUAGAUACGAAGGUCCGAUGCAAACAUUGACGACUAAUAGAAUUGAUUAUCAACCCAAAGUGACUUCGAGACCGGAAAUUAAAAUUCCAAGGGACAAUAUUCGUAAUUCAGAUAAACCAAUUGAAGGAUUAACAACAUCAGCAAGUUCUUAUUUAUAUUAUGGUCCAAUUAAUUUAACACAGAGUUUCAAACCGGUUAAAAAUUAUCAAAAACCAGUAGGUAAAUUUGAUGACAUUACAAUAAAUAAGUUAUCAUACCGACCAUGGGAUCCAGUAAUUAGAGAAAAUUAUCCAUGGGCACAAAAACCAAAGUACAAAAAACCAACGCGACCAAUCGACGAUAAUUCGAUCUACAAAAUAAGUUUUAUUCCUCCUGAAUACUAUUGUUACCAACAAUGUGAGGGUCCUUCAUGUCCAAGGCUUCCAACUACUUCACAAAAUGUCAUGUGUCUAAAUUAAUAAAACACUCAUUUUUUUUUUAUUUUCAUAAGCAUAAAAUUUAUUUAAUUGCACUUCCAAAUUGUGCAUACAAUUUAAACAUUAAAAAUAAAAUUAAUAAUUAAUUAUUAUUAUUAUUAAAAUAUAAAUUUAUGGCCGUGUCCAAAAAAAGUUAUUUGUAUAUAAAAUAUUUAUCAUUUAUGCACUGGACAUUUAUAGUUUUGUUAAACAGGCCGUUUUA